UGUGAAUGUGAGGACGCGUUCGUCGACGCUGUAAUCUCUGCCUUCCCUGAGGUGUCGAAAACGAAAGGUGUAUACACUGAGCAGGACCUUAAAAAUCGUUUCAGCAAAAUCUAUAAAUUGGGUCGUCGGACGGCAGCAAUCGACGAUAACGGUGGUACACUAAAUGAUUACUUGUGGUCCUACCUUCGAUCGAUGUUAUUUUUUGACUUGUCGAGGAAGUUCACCGAGGACGACAUGAUCGAUCCGAGCACCGUAGACAAUCUUGAGGUGUUGGCCCGUGCUAAGUGGUACGUGGAUCGCAACGAUUUCAAGAACGCGAUUCGUGUUGCGCAACUGUUGCGCGGAGAGCCGGCGCUGGUGAUCCGCGACUGGCUGACGGACACACGCGCCUAUCUGGAGACGCGAUUGCUAGCCCAACUCCUCGUCGCACACGCUGCCGUCUCCUCCGUCAGGACCACCUAUUGA